AUGCUGAGUUACUCCUCGUCUGGCGGAGGCUCCGGCAACGGAGGUGGAAAUGGAGGCAGGAACAAUAAUGGAGGGUGUAACAAUGGACACAACAACAACAACCAUCGGGGCAGAAAACAGGGACAGGCAAACGGAUCAAGGAAGGGUUGUACCUUUGACACCUCUCACGAGGCGGCGAUCGCGUACGACGCCGCCGCGCGGAGGUUGUAUGGUGAUGAGGCCAGGCUAAAUCUGCCUCAUGUGACCCGGAUGCCAAUCCAUCACCACCGCCACCACCGGUACAGGGACCUCUUUUACGGCGGCGCAUCCACCUCCACCUCCACCGCCUCCCCAACCGGUUCAUCGUCGUCGUCGUCAUCUCCAACUGAUCCCUUCGGCGGGGACCACAACACCAAGCCUUUUCAUUUUCAUCAGAAUGAAAACCCCAACACUGGUCACGCGCCCUUGCUGCAUGGUUUGUUCCCUGGUGGUGCCACCUCAGCACCCUCUUUCCCUCCGCCACCUCAGCAGAUCAACUUCCCUAUCGUUGAUCUCUACCUUGCUCCUCCGCCGGCGUCGGCUCCCCAGCAGCAACAUCAGCAGCCGGACGUCUUCCCCUACCUGGACAUAAACGUGGCACCACCGGCUGCGGAGGAGGAGAUGAUGAUGGACAUUGACAGCGUGGUGGUGGCGCCGCCGGAGGAGGUGAUCAAGACUGAGCCGGUCUCCGAGGAGCCUGCAGCCGGACAGAUGAACAGGGGUACUCUUUCCUUUGACUGGGCUGACCUUAACGCCGAGCUGCCGGCCGUGGAUGAUUCCUCCCUGUGGGAACAGGCACGGGCUGGAACCUCCUUCCAGAGGAUGAAUGACCCGGGUGUUUUUGAUGACGAGGAGAAUUAUCCUUGGUAA